AUGUCUAUUACCAAGAAUGAAUGGCUCAUCAUGAUCCAGGACCGUCCUGGUGUCCUGCAAACACGAUACGACAAUACGCCCACCCACAUCGCCUACUACAAGCCAGUCCGUGAGCAAGGGCAACUAAUUUUCGCCGGGCCCAUGCUAAGCGCCCACCCUCAGAAAGCAGGCGAUCCUCUGAACAUAGUGGGAAGCAUCUUGGUUCUCAAUCUGGACACUCUGGAGGAUGUUUGGAAGCUGCUGCGCGAGGAUCCUUUUAACAAGACGGGAGUUUGGGACUUGGACAAGACGACCAUCACGCCGUUCAAGUCGACUGUGAGGACUCCGUUUUGGUCCAACUUGAGAGACUUGCUUUCGCUUGGCUCCAAGAAUGAGUAG